UUUUUUAAAAUCCGGUCCAGAUGCUCCAGAUGGACUAAUUGCUGCAGCUGAUUAGAACCUGCAAGCAGCAGGAAAUAAUGAGGCUGUUCUGAUCUGAUUGAACAGGAAAACAAGCUGCAGCCACCAUGACUCGCUCCCUGGAGCUUUUUAAGAGUCAAAUCUGCUGUAAUUGUGGCAGUUUAGACAAUGCAAACUACUGCAAAUGUUUAAUUUGCAUCUCCUCUGGCUUUGCUCUCCGCCCUUCAGGAACACAUAAUUCCUCUCAUAUGACACCAUCCUGUAUUUGAUCUCAUGCACAUCCUGCUGCACUUUCCCACAACAGCUGCUUGGUCCCUGCUAAGCCAUAAAUGAUGGUGACAAACCUGGGACUGAUUUGGCAAUAAAUGUAAAGGGAUUAUUCCCUAAAGUGAUAAAAGAUAGGACUGUAAUAAAGAGCAGUGUGGAGAACAGCCUUGGAGCUAGCUUAGCAUCAGGUGUUGCUUCAUGCUGCACUCUGUGUUUAACCAGGGAGCAGCGCCAAAACAGCCAUUAGUGUCAGUUGAUCAGAAACGUGUGGUUUUAUGGACAGACGGGAUGUAAUGAUGGAGCGUUUUCUCUGUAGGAAUGUCUCUGUGGCUGAACGAUGGAGAGGUGCUGGUGGGCCAAGGCAGCGGCGAGGCGGUCCCAUUGAGUCCCAGACUGCGGAGCCUCCCCUCUGGCAGUCCCAGGCCGGCUCAGAGACGCAGUCCUCUGGCUUCACCGUCCGCCAUGCAGCUGAGCCCGCAGGCGGAGACCCUGGGGAAGGCCAGAGAGCUGUUUGUCCUGUGUGACAAAGAAGGAAAGGGGUUCAUCACAAAGCGAGACAUGCAGAGGCUUGAGGGCGAGCUGCCGCUGUCCCCCGAACAGCUGGAGACGGUGUUUGAAAGUUUGGACCGAGAGAACAACGGAUUCCUCACUCCUGCUGAGUUUAAAGCAGGACUUGGUGAGCGAGCCGAUAGCAAACCAAGAAAACUCUUUUUUAUUGGCUCCCCAGACCGAGCGGAGGCCGAACAGGAAGCAGACUGGUCCCGGGACCCGAACGCCGUCCGAUUCGUUAACAUCCUGAUGGAACUCGGCGCGGACAAGAUCUUCAAGGACCAGCAGGAGCUUUUCUCGCUGUGGAAUGAUCUCCAGAGAGACAGCCCUGAGCUGCUGAACGCCAUGGAGGCUCUUUUGGUCCAUGCCGUGUCCCACCUGCAGGACGCCAUCAGAGAAAGAGACACCCUGGAACAAGCUCUACGCAGAAGGGAGAGUGAACACGACCAGGUGGUCCGAUCCAUUUAUGAGGAGAUGGAGAGCCAGAUCAGAGAGGAGAAAGAGAAAUGGGUUGCUCAG